AUGUCACAUCCAGACCCAGAAUCAGAUCCCACUUAUACUGUGUUUGUAAAAUUACCAUUUCCGCGGGGUGAUUUUGUUGAUCCUCCAGCUGUGGAAUGGGAUGCAGGAAAAGACAAGGCUCUCUGGAAGAUAUUGCUCAAAGCUCCAAAGAACAGCGAUGUUGAUUGGACUGCAUUAGCUACGAAAUUCGAGGUCACUCUUCCAUUCCUUCUUCAGCAGGUAGCAUGGCUUUACGAACGACAAUUUUCACAAGUUCGCGAGCAGAUGAGAAAAGCGACGGUAUCUAAAGGCUCUUUGGCUCCAUCGCCAGUUCCAGACAGUACAUCUGAACCAGCAUGCGGAGAAGAAAUGAAGAGAACUGGUUCUGGAGGUGGAGGCCCGCGUAUUCAAUCCUCUCUUUCCAACAGAAAGAGUACUCCAUUCUCGAAAAAUGAUGGAAGUGUACCAAACACCCCCAAUCGCGCAAUGGCUCCGCCAUUCUCUCGCACAUCAUCUCGGGAAACGACUGUUCAAUCUCGCACAUUCGUAGCACCAAGUUCGCGACCAACUCAUGCCACCACGAAUCGACGAUCUCUCUCACCGAAGCAGCGAUCACGACCGCCUUCAUUGGCAAUCGACCAUCCACCUAGAAAUUCUCCACAACCGGCACAACUCUCUUCUCCUGAGGAUUCCUCCGAUGACGAUGCUUACCCAUUUCAAUCAACCCUGCUCAACAAACGCUUCCCUUCUAUCAAGAAAACAAACAAAGAUCCCUCAUCAGAUGAUGAACUUGCUUUUCUUCCCACCCCACAAGAUCCAUCCGCCACCCUUCGAGACCCCCGCAAUCUUUCUCGGCGAACCCCCUCUCACCCCAAGAAGCUAUUGCCAGUCGAAUCGCAGACAUCUGAUUCCUCCACGAGUUCUUCCGCCCCAAUUGUGAACAAAAGACACGAUGCUAUAAGCGGAGGAAGACGACCGCUGACUGGUCCAUUGAGUCCUCGUCGCACAACUGAGUUACAAAGUGAGAGAAGUGAUGGGGGAACACCAAGUAUGGGUAGUAGUUUUAGUGAUCUGGAUGACGCGUCCGUAACACAAAGCGCACUAGAAGAGGCACUCGCAAGCAACAUGCAGGCAGGUGGCAUGGCAAGUAGAAUGAGUACUAUCAGCCAAGCUCUGAGGAGUCGAUAUCUAUAA